CGCUCAUAAACCCUAUAUACCGCCGACUCGCCGCCUUCGCCUGCCGCCGGAUCUCUGCACCGGCGGUAGAGAAGCCCGUGCUGCCCCUCGUGUAUCACCGGAACUUGCAGCAAAGACACAAUUCCAGUUUGGUGGAUGCGAGUGGAGGAUUCAGCGAGAUGCUUGCCUCUACACGGAGGUGCUAUGUAUUUGGAGGCAAAGGUGGUGUGGGGAAAACAAGCAUGGCGGCGUCGCUUGCUGUGAAGUUUGCCAACCAUGGUGAACCAACAGCUAUUGUUUCGACGGAACCAUCUCCGUCACUCGGUGAUUUAUUUGAACAAGACAUGGGUGUUGGCGGCAAAACUGUACGCAUCACUGGAUUUGACUCUCUUUUUGCAGUUGAGGCUGGUCAGUUCAAGAUAAAGGGAGAACCUGAAGAUCUUGGAUCUUUUAUCAACAAUUUACUUGGAAAGAUGGGGCUUGGAACACAUUCUGAUAUUAUGUCUAUGAUUAGAGAGAUGCUGGAUGGAAUGCCCCCUGGACUUGAAGAAGCGCUUGUACUAUCAAAGGUGAUAAAAUCUAUUGACGUGCAAGAGGCCGAUAUACUUCGGCGUUUAGUGCUGGAUGCUCCAUCCACUGGACAUACACUUAAGCUUCUGUCAGCUUCUGAUUGGAUUGAAAUGUUCCUUACUUUGAGCAUUAAGGGCAUAAAAGUGGCUUCGUCCAUGCCAUCGUUUAAUAUGUAUCUUGAGGACGUGCAAUUCAUCUCUGCCAGGCUAGAGGAACUAAGGCAGCAGGUUCGCAGAGUGCGUGAGAUUUUGUUUGAUCCACAAUCAACAGAAUUCAUCGUUGUGACAAUUCCAACGAUGAUGGCAGUUACUGAGUCAUCAAGGUUUCACGAGUCAUUAAAGAAGGAUGGUGCACACACAAGAAGGCUCGUCAUAAAUCAGGUGUUGCCACCGUCUGCGUCGGACUGCAGAUUCUGUGCUGCAAAACGGAGGGAAGAAGCACGUGCCUUCCGUGCGAUACUGGAGGACCGAGAACUCGGCGGCCUGAAGCUGAUCCAGGCUCCGCUCCUUGAUAUGGAGGUGAAAGGCGUCCCUGCACUCCGAUUCCUCAGCGAUUCAGUGUGGAAGUAGCGAGAAACACUAGGUCAAAUAAAAGAUUAAUCUCUGUCGGUCUGUUCGGAUUCUUUCAUUUGGUUGGAGUUAGAAUCUAGUUCAUGAAUUUGGCCUAGAAUCUGGCAUUCGACCACGUUCUAUCACUCUUCUCAAGUAUAGACCUGUGUCAAAUUCAGAGGGCAAGAAAUGGUAGUAGUUUUUUUUUUUUUGGUCACAGCUUAUACUAGUUCACAACAGCACACCAAUGGAUAACCCUCGCUUG